AUACUCCUCGAUAUAAACCCCUUUCGCCCAAAUUUGUAGGUUUUCUACAAUUUCCUAUGGCUUCUGCUGAUGUAGAGUUCCGUUGCUUUGUCGGUGGUCUCGCUUGGGCCACUGACAGCGACGCUCUCGAGAAAGCUUUCUCUCUGUACGGCGACAUCGUUGAUUCGAAGAUUAUCAACGAUCGUGAGACUGGAAGAUCCAGAGGUUUUGGAUUUGUGACUUUCGCGUCUGAGCAGUCAAUGAAAGAUGCGAUCGAAGGGAUGAACGGCCAGAACCUUGACGGCCGUAACAUCACCGUGAAUGAAGCUCAGUCCCGCGGCAGUGGUGGCGGAAGCCGCGGUGGUGGUGGUGGCUACGGUGGUGGCGGUGGAUAUAGCCGUGGUGGUGGUGGAUAUGGUGGCGGCGGUGGAUAUGGUGGUGGCGGAUACGGAGGACGUCGCGAUGGUGGCUACAAUCGUAAUGGUGGUGGUUAUGGCGGUGACAGAGACCGUGGAUAUGGUGACGGUGGUUCACGCUACUCUCGUGGUGGUGAUGGUGGCGGUUAUGAAGGAAGUUGGAGAAACAAUAUCUGUCCCAAAUUUCUAGGGUUUCUUCUGCUUCCAAUGGCUGCUGCAGAUGUUGAGUAUCGGUGCUUCGUCGGUGGGCUUGCAUGGGCCACCGAUAGCGACGCCCUCGAGAAAGCCUUCUCUCAAUACGGCGACGUCGUUGAAUCGAAGAUUAUCAACGAUCGCGAGACCGGAAGGUCCAGAGGCUUUGGAUUUGUGACUUUUUCCUCGGAGCAGGCCAUGAAGGACGCGAUCGAGGGGAUGAACGGUCAGAACCUUGACGGCCGUAACAUCACUGUCAACGAGGCUCAGUCUCGUGGCAGCGGUGGUGGCGGCAGCCGCGGUGGCGGUGGUUACGGUGGUGGCGGUGGAUACAACCGCGGUGGUGGUGGAUAUGGUGGCGGCGGCGGAUAUGGUGGUGGUCGUCGUGAAGGUGGAUACAACCGUAAUGGUGGUGGUGGAUAUGGCGGCGGCGGCGGCGGCUAUGGCGGUGGCAGAGACCGUGGUUAUGGUGAUGGUGGUUCACGCUACUCCCGCGGUGGUGAUGGUGGUGCUGAGGGUAGCUGGUGAUUGAUGUCUUAGAUUAGGGUUUAUGGUUGUAUCGAGUAAUAUUUAGACGGUGUGGUUUGGUUUUAAGUAUCUGUCUUGGUUUCCUGUUCCCGGUUCAAUGUCCCCUGUUCUCGUCUUUUACCUUCAAAUCUGGUUGUGUAUAAUAAUUGAUUAAAAGAUAUGCUAGCCAGAAAAUUAGAAAUUAGAGUAUCAAAUUUCAACAGAAUUUAAAGUUUUUGUGGCGGAA